GGGCGGGGUCUCCCAGGCAUGAAGCGGGGGCGCGCGGCACUGCUGCCUGAGUCGCUGGUACCACCAAGCGCCCGGCGGUAUCCACCACCUCGGGUCGGCGCGCAGACCUCCACCUCUAGAGGUGCUCUGCCGCCGGGCUCGGUCCCCUGGGGUCGUCGCUCGGCCGCCCUCGGUUCCCGGCCCCGAGGGGCCCGGCCGUCCGCGGCGGGGGGAGGCCAGCAUGAGCCGGGGGGUCCGCCAGGCCAGCGCCGGGCAGGGGGCGGCGGUCGCAGUGCAGCUGCUGGUCACCCUGAGCUUCCUUCCCGGCGUCGUCGAGGCCCAGGUGGCUGGAGUUCUGGAUGACUGCUUGUGUGAUGUUGACAGCAUUGAUAACUUCAACAAUUAUAAGAUCUUCCCCAAAAUAAAAAAAUUGCAAGAGCGAGACUAUUUCCGUUAUUACAAGGUUAAUCUGAAGCGACCGUGUCCUUUCUGGGCAGAAGAUGGCCAUUGUUCAAUAAAAGACUGCCAUGUGGAGCCCUGCCCAGAGAGUAAAAUUCCAGUUGGAAUAAAAGCUGGGCAUUCUAAUAAGUAAUCAAAGCAAAGAAGCUUUCAUUGACUGGGCAAGAUAUGAUGAUUCACAGGAUCACUUUUGUGAACUUGAUGAUGAGAGAUCUCCUGCUGCCCAGUACGUCGACCUUUUGCUGAACCCGGAGCGGUACACUGGCUACAAGGGGCCCUCUGCGUGGAGAGUGUGGAACAGCAUCUAUGAAGAAAACUGUUUCAAGCCUCGUUCUGUUUAUCGCCCUUUAAAUCCUCUGGCACCCAGCCGAGGUGAAGAUGAUGGAGAAUCAUUCUACACAUGGCUAGAAGGUUUGUGUCUGGAGAAGAGAGUGUUCUAUAAGCUUAUAUCAGGACUUCAUGCCAGCAUCAAUUUACAUCUGUGUGCAAAUUAUCUUCUGGAAGAAACCUGGGGUAAACCUAGUUGGGGACCUAAUAUCAAAGAAUUUAAACGCCGCUUUGACCCUGUAGAAACCAAGGGAGAAGGUCCUAGAAGGCUUAAGAAUCUGUACUUUUUAUACUUGAUUGAGCUGCGAGCUUUGUCAAAGGUGGCCCCCUACUUUGAACGCUCCAUUGUCGAUCUUUACACUGGAAAUACAGAAGAAGAUGCUGACUCUAAAACCCUUCUACUGAGUAUCUUUCAAGAUACAAAGUCCUUCCCCAUGCACUUUGAUGAGAAAUCCAUGUUUGCAGGUGACAAAAAGGGGGCCAAAUCAUUAAAGGAGGAAUUCCGGUUACAUUUCAAGAAUAUCUCCCAUAUUAUGGACUGUGUUGGAUGUGACAAAUGCAGAUUAUGGGGAAAAUUACAGACUCAAGGUUUAGGAACUGCCUUGAAGAUACUAUUCUCUGAAAAAGAAAUCCAAAAGCUUCCAGAGAACAGUCCUUCUAAAGGCUUCCAACUCACGCGGCAGGAAAUAGUUGCCCUUUUAAAUGCUUUUGGAAGGCUUUCUACAAGCAUAAGAGAGUUACAGAACUUUAAAGUCUUACUACAACACAGUAGGUGCCAUUAUAUAUAAGACAAGACAGCUGUUUGGGUCUUCAUCAGCAUUGCCUUCAGCUGGAACCUUGAGCACAGUUCACACUCCCCCUCCCAGCAGUUUGGACACUGAAGUACCUGAGGAGACCAUAGCUGUUCACCAAAGGACAGGUUAGGGGCAGCAGAGCCCAGCACACACAUCCAUGUUCUGUUUUCAGUAACACCUGCAGAUGCAAGCUUUGAUUUUGUGAGCAGAAUUCCGAGUAAUUCGUUGCUGUACCAUCAGACUCCAGAAAAUGUGAAUUAAAGUACAUCUUCCUGCAA